UGCGGUGAGUGUGCAGAAAAAAAAAGCCGCUGGUCUUGCAGGCAGCCCGAGCCACUCCUCGUCCGACCGCAGCGCCAGCCAGCAGCAUCUCAAGAAAGAAGAAGCGGGCGGGUGAAAGCUCCGAAGAUGUCCGCCCUGCAGGUGCAGAGCGCAGCGGCCGAAGCUAUGCUCGCGACCGAGCCGGUAUCGGUGACGCCCGGAUCGGCCGCGGGAACUCCGGCCAGCCCCGCGCGGCACUUCGUCGACUCCAAAUUUUACCUGCUGGUGGUCCUGGGUGAGGUGGUGACGGAGGGGAACCUCAAGUGCGCCGUGGCCGACAUCGAGAAGGGUAUCCGCUCGUGGGAUGCCAAUCUGAUGGACUGCAACCUGGACCAGGAACUCAAACUCUUCGUUUCCCGACAUUCGGCACGGUUCUCCGCAGACGUCAAAGGGCAGAGAAUUCUCCAUCAUAAAAGUAACGUCCUGGAGACAGUGGUGCUCAUCAACCCCUCAGAUGACACCGUCAGCAGCGAGGUUCGACUGAUGAUAUCCGACUCUGCCAGACACAAGCUUCUGGUCCUGUCGGGCCAAAGCACUGAAAGCACCGGUGAGCUCCUACUUCAGUCCGGAUCGUUUUCUUUCUCCAAAUUCAUCGACAUAUUUACUGACCAAGAGAUCGGUGAACUGCUGAGCACAAUUCACCCAGAAAACAAAGCCAACUUGACACUCUCCUGCCCCGAUCAAGGCGACUGGAAAAACUCCAAUCUGGACAAACACAACCUGCAAGACUUCAUCAACAUGAAGCUAAACUCGGCCCUCAUCCUCCCAGAAAUGGAGGGCCUCUCCGAGUUCACAGAGUAUCUAUCCGAAUCGGUAGAGAUCCUUACACCUUUUGACAUGCUGGAACCGCCAGCUUCCGGUGGAUUCCUCAAGCUGUCGAAGCCGUGCUGCUACAUCUUCCCCGGUGGCCGCGGAGAUUCUGCUCUCUUUGCCGUGAACGGCUUUAACAUGCUCAUAAACGGCGGAUCCAACAGAAAGUCCUGCUUCUGGAAGCUGGUGAGGCACCUAGACCGCGUGGACUCUAUCCUGCUAACCCACAUCGGCGAUGACAACCUGCCGGGCAUCAACAGCAUGUUGCAAAGAAAGAUGGCAGAGCUGGAGGAGGAGCAGUCGCAAGAUUCCUCGCCAAACAGCGACUGGGUGAAGAACAUGAUCUCACCGGAUAUCGGCGUCGUGUUUGUGAAUCUUCCAGAAAAUUUGGAAAACUUAGAACCUAACUAUAGAGUGCGCAGGAAUCUCGAGGAGGCGGCAGCAACUCAGCAGUUCCUCGCUAAGCUGAAUCUGAGAAUGGAACCGUUGCACCGACCUGUCGGAAACACUAUUGAACCCAUUAUUCUUUUCCAAAAGAUGGGGGUAGGGAAGCUUGAGAUGUAUGUGCUCAAUCCAUCAAAAAGCAGCAAGGAGAUGCAGCAUUUUAUGAAGCAAUGGACAGGAAGCGAAAAGGACACCACAUCUAUCCUGCUACCAAACGGGAAAGAGUCAGAGUUUCCUGUAUCUUACUUGACUUCUAUCACCUCAUUGAUCGUGUGGCAUCCCGCCAACCCUUUGGAGAAGGUCGUGCGUGUCCUCUUUCCAGGAAAUGCUACCCAGCAGCACAUCUUCGAAGGUUUGGAUAAGCUAAAGCACCUGGACUUCUUGAAACAGGCAGUCGUCACUCAAAAAGCCAUGUCUGUCGACGUACCUUCAACUCCACCACUUAAGCAAGCCAAGAUGAAAAACCGAACAGACAGUAAAGAGAGCCUGAGAUCGACCCCAAAGCCGUCGCCAAGCAAAGGUGUCAAGAAGGAAUCUAGAGAGGAGGUGGCGGAAAAAGCCAAGUCAUAUGUCGAUGAACUGUCUCAUGAAAAACCGCAAAAAACUGAGAAAAAGGAAAAGACCCCUCUGAAGAAAGAACGAGCAAAGGUCCCCGAGAAAGAAUCAAAGGUAAAACCGGACCAGAAAGAAACGCCAGAAAAAAAGACGCCUCAAAUUAAAGCAAAAUUGGAAAAGGAGAAGAUUCCCAAGAAAGACAUCAAAAUAUCUUCAGAGAAGAAAAAAGAUGUGAAAAAAGACAUAGUCAAAAAAGAGGACACUCCUAAAAGAGAACUUAAGAAGGAUGAAAAGGUGAAAAAAGAGGACGCAAAGAAAAGGGACAUAAAAAAGGACGCUAGGAGAGAUUCUCCCAUGAAGGAGAAAAGAGACGAAAAAAGGGAUCCGAAGAAAGAUAUUAAAAAGCUGUCAAAAGAAACCAAAAAGGUAUCUGCUUCCAGUGAAGACAAAGCCCUGUCCCCUAAACCAAAAACCAUGAAAAAAGAACUCUUAAAGAAAGAACCAGGCACCCCUUCAAAACUGAAAGCCAAAGGAGGUCCAAAAGUGACAAAAGCGGGUGCUGCCAAAAGUGCAGCUGCUUUCACAGCAAACCCAGAUGCAGAGAGGGCUGUUAUGUCUUCCCCAGAGGACCUCACAAAGGACUUUGAAGAACUCCGAGCAGAGGAUCUGGUAGAAGAUGCAGUUGCUGCCAUAGCCCACUAUAAAGAACCCAUAAAAAGCCCCCCUGAGUCACCCCCUGAGGAAUCAGUCGAUGAGGGUAUCGCCACAACCGAAGCUGAAGUGCAAAGUAGAGCAACUCCAGAUGAACAAGCUCAUAAGGGUGAAAAGUUUGAAGACGAAGGAACCGUGAUGGAGGAAGUGUCCGAUGGAGCCGAUUACGAAGAGAAAGGGGAAACCGAAGAGGUUUAUGAGCCACAGAGACCAGCAAGCGAUCAAGAAGGGCGCUGUGAAGAUCUAAGUGAUCACGAACCUGCAGAUGAUCACAACUUGGGUGAAAGUAUAACAGAGGGAAAGGAAGUGAGUGUUUCCUUGUCCCCCAAAGAGUCCUCCCCCGUUUCUCCCGCUGCAUCCAUCCACGAUGAAAUGAUUCCCGCCGCCAUCGAGAGCUCGACUGCCUCGGACGAAGCGCCCGAGGAGUUUACGGUCACCUCUGGCCUCACGCACUCCUCCGUGGAGAUCUCUAGCGUGCCUACUCCAAUGGAUAAGAUGCUAACUCCGAGGGAUGGUUUGAGUGAUGAAAUGGCCGAUGAUGGCACCGAGUCACCGUCUCCAGAGGUUAGCAGAUUUGCUAUGUCGCAAUCUGAAGAAUAUGAAAAGAACAAACUACCUUUAUCUGAGGGCCAAGACCACAAGCAUACAGUCUCGACAAUAUCUCCAUCUUUGAUAUCAGAAGACGACAAAUUUCCUCAUAAUGGGAACGCAGAAGGAUUUACUACAUUUCAGGAAACAUUUAAAGAGCAGGAAACAAACUUGGCAAGGCCAACUUCAACAUCACCUUUUGUACAUUCUCCUCCAAGUGACCAAAAAUACAACUUUGAUUCUCCAUCAACGUUUGCCACCCCUGUUGAACUUUCUACCACAUUAGCAGGGUGCACCAGAGCAAUGGCAGAUCCUACCCUCAGCCCAGAAGACAAAACACUGGAAGGGCCAAGCUCUCCUCAGUCCUCAGGUCACACACCCUAUUACCAAUCACCAGUUGAAGAAAAAGCUGGAGCUCUGCCACCCAUGUCGGAAAAUGAAGACCAUGGCCCGAUUAUUGUGGAGGUCACAAGUGACAAAGAGGAAUCUUCCAACAGGGAUACACCCGAGCCUGAUGAUAAAGAGGGUUUUUACCCCACUGAUAAUGUUGCCUCCUCUCCUAAAAGCCCAACUUCAACUGAACUGGACUCCCCGAAAAAGAAGGACCUAGAUCACAUUGACCAAUCAGUCUUUUCCUCAACAGCACAUGGGAGACAAGAAUCGGAUGCCCAUUCCAUCCCAGCUUUCAAAGAAGAGAGCAAGAUGUCCAUUUCUGAAGGUAGCACAUCAGACAAGUCCGGCACACCUCUGGAAGAAGUGGUGGCUGAGGAUGUGUUUUCACAUCUAGCCUCGGCAUCCACUGCUUCCCUCGCCACCAGCUCUUUACCCGAGCCGACCACAGACUCUCCUUCCCUUCACGCUGAGGUCGGCUCUCCUCACUCGACAGAAGUAGACGACUCCUUGUCUGUUUCGGUAGGUCAAACCCCUACUACCAUCCACGGGGCAGAAGUGGCAUCUCCAUCCAAGGAAGACUGCCCUCGGCCCAUGUCUAUUUCUCCAGAUAACUCACCAAAGACCAAAAUUGGCACACAGACUCAUGACGCAAAGUCACCUGAGCAUUCAACCGUCUCAAUGGAGUUUGGCCAGGAAUCUCCUGACCACUCCUUAGCCCUUGACUUUAGCAAACAAUCUCCAGAGCAUCUGUCGGCUGGAAGCAACUCCCGUGCCACUGAGAAUGGCCCAACUGAGAUUGAUGACAGUCCAUCGGCUGUUGCGAGAGCGUCCGAGGAGCAAACCUCUACAGUCGAGAAGCCUUUGCUUUUUGAAGACGCCGAUUCCGCUCGCGCUACUUCUGUGACGCCGUCGGACGCAUCCCAGUCCACUCCCUCCGUUACAACCCCAUGCCAAAUGACAGAGUUGCCCCUGAUGGUUGAGCAGACAGACAAAUCCCCAGUCACGCCGAAGGCAGCCUCUGUCACUCAUUCAGCCCCCCAUUCUCCCCAUUUCAGCGAAGCUUCUCCAGCUUCAGAAGGUCCCAUAGAAGUCGAUACCACCCCGAUUUCACUGGCUGCGGAACACAAAUGUGAUGAACUGGACAAAACCUCAAAAACAGCGUCACUCACCCACUCUGCUCCACAUUCACCCCAUUCCAGUGAGGCAUCCCCAGUGUUAGAAGGUCCCGUGGAGAGACGCAUCAGCCUCACUUCACCAUCUGCAGAGCACAAGUCUGACACACAAGAUAAGCCUGACAAAUCUCCCGAAACAAGCUCCCUAUCACCUUCAUCGUUAUGGUUUUCAGAUGAAGGGAAACCUUUGCCAGAAAAGGAGACCAACUCAUUUCUAUGCGAAAGUUCAACACUUGAAGUCAAAUCUCAUGAGAGCCCCAAUGUCUCUUCCCCGUCAUAUCUACCUCUGUCUCCACAUUCUCAGGAUACAGCCUGCUGCUUCAGGCAGCCAGAUUCCUCCAAGAUCAGUACAUCUGACAUGUCGAAGACAGACGUCGACCUCUGUUUAGUCACAUCGUGUGAAUACCGUCAUCCCAAAACGGAGCUCUCGCCAUCUUUCAUCAACCCCAACCCACUGGAAUAUUUCAUCAACGAGGACAGUGCGCUUGAGGAAGAGAAGCCUCUAGAGGUUGUUGGAGGAGGGCCUCCACCUCCAGGGGGUAAGCUUUCUGCCAAGCAAUGUGAGGAGACGCCUCCAACAUCCAUGAGUGAAUCCGCCCCCUCACAGACUGAUUCUGAUGUACCUCCAGGGACCGAGGAGUGCCCCUCUAUCACGGCAGAUGCUAACAUUGAUUCAGAAGAUGACUCGGAGACUCUACCCACUGACAGAACUGUCACCUACAGGCACGUUGAUCCUCUCCCAGUGGGGCGCAGGGACUCACCUCCAUCUGCGGGACCUCAUGAUGUCUGCAUGAUCGAUCCGGAAGCCCUCAAGGCGGAAGAAAAUCGCCACAAUGCUAACACAGAGGCCGCAGAAAAACCCAAGAAGAAAAAGCUGACCAAAAAGGCCUCGUCGCCAGCUCGGAAAACAGGUCUGUCAAAGGUGAAGGAUUCCAAGUCUGCCUCUCCUAAGAAGAGUCUUGGAGAAGGCAAAGAUGCCAAAAAUGCAACCAAUACAUCAGCUUCUCGAAGUACCAGUGGGAAGGCGAUGAAUGGUGCAUCGUUGUCUAACUGUCCUCCUGUGUAUUUGGAUUUGGUUUACAUCCCCAAUCACUGCAACGCUAAGAACGUGGAUGCUGAAUUCUUUCAGCGGGUGCGCUCAUCAUACUACGUGGUCAGCGGCAACGACCAGACGUCUCAGGAGCCCAGUAGGGCUGUCCUUGAUGCUCUGCUGGAAGGGAAAUCCCAUUGGGAAAACAAUAUGCAGGUCACCCUGAUACCGACCCAUGACACGGACGUGAUGAGGGAAUGGUACCAGGAGACCCACGACAGUCAGCAAGAUCUCAACAUCAUGGUCCUGGCCAGCAGCAGCACAGUGGUCAUGCAGGAUGAGUCCUUCCCGGCGUGUAAGAUAGAGAUGUAAGACUGUUGCUCCUUCACUUUGGAGGCCUGACGCCUUACAAUGUAGCCUGAAAAAACCUAAACAGUCACAUCUACUUUCACAAACAACUCACUCUGAGACAACCAUUAUUAUUAUUUUUUACUCUGUCCACUCAUCCUUUAAGUUAAACACAAUCUGUUUUAGUCUUGGAGGAUGGCUGAAGAAAAAAAACACGUUCUCUGCCUUACUGGGAUGUUAAGUAAUGAAUGUAUCUGAAAAACUAAACACUCAUGACUCCGUCAUGGACAAACGUCUUGAAAUGGACACAAAGCUAAGUUCACGAAGGUCAAAUCUGUUGAGGCAAGUUUCAAGCAAAUCAUAUAAUAACAAAAACCUGCUACCUUAAUGCUAACAUGUAAUGUGAAACGCUAAAUUAGCAGUUUACGGUACGUGUGAAACGUUGACUGCUGCUUACAAACAAUCAAAGCUUAACAUAUUCAAUGUGAGCUGUUCCACUGAAAGCAGACAUAAAAAUUGGAUAAUGAGAUUUUCAGCAAGCUUUUGGCGAGCUUUCCAAAACUAAAAAGAUACUUGAAAUUCAAUUAGCGACAUCACAUUUUCCCUUCCGUCAUAUUUGAGGAAAUUCAAGAUCGUAAAAUGUAACAAUCCCUCCUUAUAAACAUUAAUGGAAAAUUGGCAGCGCUGUGAGAGCAAGAAAAGGCCAAGAUGAUACGAUGUGCGAUAUAACGAUUAUCUCACGAUACGGCGAGAAAGCAGGUAUCGAUACUGGGCCAAGAAAUCUUUCUACGAUAUUCUACGAAUGAUUGUUCAUUAGCUGCCAUCCCUCCCACUUCAAAUGAAUUGGACAUUUCUGGACGUCAAUAGCAGCCAAUGAGUGAAUUUUGGGUCAUUACAGGUCAUUUUGUGUUGAUUUUUUUGGGUCACUUUCUGUUGAUUUGGGAGCAUUAACGUGUCAUUUCCAUUUGGUUUUGAGUAACUGAACAGGAAGUGACCCAGAUAUGUCCCCAAAUAAAUAGGCAGUGACUCAAAAUCUAUAGGAAAAGACAUGUAAAUUCCCUAAAGUGAACAUGAAGUGACCUGUAAAUGCCCCCAAAACCGAGAAAACUGGCUGUGAAUGCUAAUGCUAAUGCUAAGGCAGCGCUAAACGUCAAUGGCAGUCAGUGAGCUAACAUAGACACUAAGAUUUUUUUUUUUUUUUUUAAACUGUGACACCUUUUUAAACGAUAUAUAAAUUCUUGGAAGGAAAAUAUCGAUAACCUUUUAGGAUUUAAGGUAUCGUGAUAUUUCGAUAUAUUGUCUCACACACCCAGAGGUGGGUAAUAACACGUUAAUUGUUCUCCGUUACAUUUACUUGAGUAGCUUUAUGAGAAAAAUUUACUUUUAAGAGUAGUUUUAAUAAGCCAUACUUUUUACUUGAGUAGAUUUGAAAAAAAAAAACACUACUCUUACUCUGCUAAUUUGGGCUACACAAGAAUUUUUCCUAUUUAUUCAUAUUAGAUUCAUUAUUUUUUUCCAGCGAUGCCAAGAGUAGCUGUACCAAUUUCACCAAUGAAACAUCGCAACAAUAAUCACAUGACUCCAUUACACCAAUCAGACUCAAGCUUGCCGUUCUGUGAUUACGCCAGCCUGUUAAAUUACGUAGCGUCUUUGAAGCACCGUAAAAUAUGAAGUAUUUUACAUUGAGCGCCUUCCUCAGCACGACUCGAAAGCGCGAAUUUAAACCUCUCUCCCAGUUUUUAUUUGGCGCCAAUUGACCACGGAAAACCAAAUAUAUAAUCCUCUUAAUUUCAUAAUAUUAACAAUUAAGGAACUACUCACUAUUCAAACUAGGAACUAUUUAUUCCACUAGAGGGAAGAAAAAUCCUUCAUUUCAGUUUUUUUUUUUCUCUCGCCAGAAUUCAAUGAUUUUGUAUUUAUUUUUUUGUAUUUCUUUGGCUUAAUACGGUUAUGUAAUGGGUUAUUGGACAAUAUCAUUGUAACAACAGUUCAUUUAGGUAAGUUUGUGCUGAGAGAAAAAAAAAUCCAUUGUUUAAAAAAUAAACAAAACAUAAACAAGCAGUUACCCUAAUUUUCGCACUAUAAGGCGAACCUGACUAUAAGCCGCAGCCCACCAAAUUUGAUCAAAAGAUCAAAUGAAGCACCAUGAAGCUUUGAACCAAUUGGUUGCAAAGCUUUAUUGUUUCAAGAAGCUUCAUUUGGCCAUCACUGCUCCCCUGGGGGAGACAAUCAACCUCUGCUGCCAUCUGCUGUCAACACUGUUGUCAUCCAACAUGCCUCUUAGCAUGCAUUGCAGCGCUACAGAUUUAAAUAACAAUCAAAAAUCAUGUUCUGUGCUAAAUAUUUCUUCAGUUACUGUUCCAGUUGUUUCAUCAAUUGCUAGUUAUGGUAUUUUCUAACACUUUAUUUGACAGUGGUGCCAUAAGACUGUCAUUACACAAUCAUAAUUAUGACAUGUCUCUGUCCUGAGCAUUCAUGAAUGCUGAUAACAGAUGCCAUUAAGCGUUAUCUGGCAAAUGAUCUCACUUUUGAAUGGAUGCAAAAGAUCCAAGUUGGACAAAAAUUGAGUUAGUGACAUUAUUUGCCAAAUGACACCUAAUGACAUAAGCAUUCAGUAAUGUCCAUGAUAGUGUCAUGUCAUAAUUUUGAUGAAGACAGUCUUACGAUACCGCUGUCAAAUAAAGUGUUACCUAAAAAAAAAUCAACAAAUUAGCCGCACUGGACUAUAAGCCACAGAUGAACAAAUGAAGGAAAAAAGUAGCGGCUUAUAGUCCGAAAAUUACGGUACUCGUUGCUUCAGUAUUCUUUUCACUGGAUUUUUUACUUGUACUUCAGUACAUUUUUUGAAUGACUACUUUUACUUGAGUAAUACUAUUUUGAAUUAACGCUACUCUUACUUGAGUAAAAACUUGGGCUACUCUACCCACCUCUGCACACACCUAACCAAAAUCCACAAAAAUGCCAAGACCUGUCUUUAGAAUUACAUUUUUUAGAUGACAUGAAAGUUUCCCAGGUUAGGGUUUAUUCUGUUGUCAGUUUGAAAAAAAAAAUCAAAAAUGUUUAGAUGGAAUUCAAACAUCACCAUUCGAAAUUUUGACUGCUUUCGGCGGAACUGCUCUCUCUAUUUAAUACUACCCAAGCUUAAUUGGGGUUCUGCUCUGCCUCUUCUUCUUGGUGUUAUUGAUGCUACAUUUCCUCCAGUAGAGCUCAGUGCUGCCUGGCAUAUUGUGGCAGCACAUGGUACUGCUAGAAAGGUGUUCAACUCUGAAAUGGCACUUGCUUGUUAUAAGUAGUCCCUGGGUUACGACGUACUCGACUUACACGAUUUCGACUUUACAACGAUGGAGUCUCGUCCACUAUUGUCUCCAGUUAUUUAUUUAUUUUUGUCGCACAAAAAAUACCUAAUUUUACCUCCCAGUGUGUUACUUUUUACUUUACUUUAUUAACAUGACUUGGUUUGUCCUCACUAAACGUAAAAAGUUUGAGCUUGACAGACAGUAAACAAAGCAAUUGUGCUUUUUUAAGCUUUUGACUUCUUCACUUUUGACAAUUUGUAAAGCUGUAACACACAUAUGUACACGUCUGUUCAAAACGACACGCAUUUUAACAAUAAAACAUUUGACGCAAAACAAUUGGUGUUCAACGUCCAUCUAGUCUGAUCAAUAUGUAAAUUCAGAAUAUUAAAUUAGCCUAAUUUGCCUAACGAAUGAAAAGUCCGCUAGCUUAAAUGCCAGGAAUGCUAACGUAUUUGCAAUUCUCAUGGCAAAUAGCUCACACAUAACUCCACAAAUUGCUCGAACAUUAAUUACAAAUACAUGAACAAACAUAUAUUAGCUGAAGCAACUUACAGCUUUAUGUAGGCCAAACCAGAGCGCAGCUAUCGAGGGCUGUAGCUAUUGAUUAUUCAAUUAGUCGAUUAAUCGAUGAACUAGUUAGUUCGAAUAAUCAAGCAAUCAGAUAAGGCAAAUAAAAAUUUUAAACACCUGAGCUGAGCCUCAAACGGUAUAAAAAAAUGAGGAUCUAUGUAAUUACAUCAAAAGAAAAAUUGGCUAACUUAAAUAGCAAAGGUCCGCUAGCUUAAAUGCCAUACAAUGCUAACAUUUUUAUUUUUUUUUGUCCAAACACAUAUUCCCAUAAAAAAUGGCUAAAUACACCGAUUAACUAAAUUAAGAAUGCAUUAAACACAUUAGCUCAAACAAAAGCUUAUGUUGGUCUUAACAGGGAGAAGCAGGAUUCAGCCAUGUGAAAUGAGUUAUGUCAUAUUCACUGUUGCCACUAGAGGGCAGUGUAUCCACCCAAAUCAAUAAAACUAAAUGCAAACACGUUCAAAACAAACCAUUACAACGCCACUUUAAUUUAACGUAAACUCGAAGCAGCAAAAUUUCAUUUGAAUCGUUUUUUUCUAAUCAAAUUACUCGAGUUAAUCAAUUAAUUAUUCCAGCCCUACAGCUAUUCUUUAUCCAUGUGAGACGUCAGAGUGCUCCUUUAUGGAAGCAUUAUUGUACAACAGUCCAGCCAGUCCCAACGCUGCCACCAGAGGGCAAUGUAUCCUUUACCAUUAAACAAAAUGCAAUACUUUUGGACUUUUUUGCAAAGUUAUUUUGAAAUUUUAAAGGGUUAAUUAAGACUUAAGUGGAAAUUCGGGUGAUGUCGCCAGCGUAGUAACGAAACUCGCUCGUAACCCUGGGACUACCUGUAUUACAAAUGUUUGACUGUUCUGGACUAUCCUGACUAGUGCUGGGCGAUAUAGAAAAAGUUAAUUUGAACCGGCAUUAAAUCUGACCUGAAACUACAGGAAAUGACUGAAAAUUAACAGGAAGUCACCUGGGAGUGACGUUUAUUGGGGUCAAUGACUGUGUAUCUAUUUUUGCGCCAUAUGUUUGUGUUAUGUGGUGAUUUAUCAGGGACACAUAGGGACAUCUUGUGGCCGUUCCGCAUAUUGAUUUCAGAAGUUUCAGCACUGUACUUGUUUAUAGUGUAUUUCAAUGAUUUAUUAUUAAAAAAUUGACAGUAGAAGGCUCAUGACGAUACAUGAUUUAUUAUUAUUUUGCCGAUAUAUAUUGUCAUAUCACCCAGCACUAAUUCAAACUCACCUGAUAUGUCUUAAAUCCGAUUUGGAAUGACAUUACAGCAAAAAUUCUUCUAUUCUAAUAAUCUGCCUUUUACAUCCUGUCGACAAAUUUAAUCCGCAGCGGCCAUUUUGUGUAUACUGUAUGCGUCUUGUGCUCUCCAAACUCACAUUUAAGGCCUAGUUGAGCCCUUGCCGUUUGCUCCAAGUGAAAGUAUCCGUCGGCGCUUUUAUGUUUGUGUGCCACCACUGCUGAAUGAUUCCAAAUGCAAAACACCAGAAUAAAAAUGAA